CCCCACCCCCCAGACCGAUUCCACUGUACGGCCCUUUAUUGUUUUUUUUUCUCCAUUCCCACCCAUUCGGUACUCUACAUUACACGUACAUACACCCACACAUCCAUAGUCACCUACAUCCUCUCCCCAUACACACUCUACUCAACUCACUCUACUUCUCCACCGCUCGGUCCCCUCCCUUCGACUUCAAGGACCCAUUCCGCUGGGAUUUCCGCGCCAUCAUCAACCACACCCCCCCCCCCAGUUUUACCCGCAACAAAUACCUUCCGAAAACCCGCCACAGUCUCCGAGCAGUCCUUAACCUGUCUCGCCCUCUUCCACCACGGCUUCCCACGACGACCACGCAUCUUCUUCCCUCCCUCCUCCUCCAACAUCUUCUCCGCCCCCACACCAACAGCCUUCAUCUCGCUCGACUAUGGUGACACCUACUCGACCAUCCAACAGCAGAAUCAUGUCUACACGGUCCGUCGUCGAGCCGCUCGACUCUCCCCCGUUGUCGGCGAGUUCACUGUCGACCCCUUCGAUAUCAGAUGACCACGACCCUCUACAACACAACAGUGAUGCGGGAGGAAAGGACGAUGGUAUAUUGGAUGACGAUGAGCGGAGAGGGCGAUCGGCAACAGUCGAGGCCGCCAGAUUCGAGAUGGAUCCGCGCAACAUGAGCCCCCGAAGAGAUAGCGAAGAACUGCACCAACUCGGCGCCGAAACCAAGGCCAGGCUUGAAGCGCAAGCACAAUCACUACAGUCGGGUCUUUUGGCGCUGCUAGAACGUGUAGACAAAGUUCGUGAAGAACAUGACAAGCUGGAGGGCGAGAACCGUUUUCUACAAGAAUAUAUCGGUUCCUUAAUGGCGACAUCGAAGAUAACUGGAUCGGCGCGGAAUUCUGGGGGCAGACUAAAGUAAAUGCUGGUGCCUUCCCCUCGGACUGGACCGACAGUGACCAUUGGCGAUUCGAAACAGGUGGAAGAGAUACAACGACAAGAUAGAGUUGGGCUUUGGAGGUGUUUUUGUUUUUUCCGUUGUGGUUGCUAUUCUUUUGUACAAUGGUUUGCUUUGAGCGAUGCAUGCCACUUGCUGCGAUUGAUUGGUUGUU